UCCACCUUUUCUUUUUUUUUGGCUUGUGAGUUGUGACGAUGUCUAUCGCAAUCAACCAUUGUCUCUCUAUCCUUAAUAGCUGCAAGAACUUAAGAGCUCUAACCCAAAUCCAUGGCUUCUUUAUCAAAUCCGGCGUUGACACUGAUUCUUACUUCAUCGGAAAGCUUAUCCUACAUUGUGCGAUUUCCAUUUCCGACGCUUUACCUUACGCUCGCCGUCUCUUGCUCUGUUUUCCUGAACCUGAUGCGUUUAUGUUCAACACUCUCGUCCGAGGCUACUCUGAAUCCGAUGAGCCGCACAAUUCCGUUGCCGUGUUUGUGGAAAUGAUGAGGAAAGGUUUCAUUUUUCCUGAUAGCUUCUCCUUCGCGUUUGUUGUCAAGGCGGCGGCGAAUUUCCGGUCUUUAAGAACUGGAUUUCAGAUGCAUUGUCAAGCUUUGAAACAUGGGCUUGAUUCACAUUUGUUUGUUGCUACUACCUUGAUCGGUAUGUAUGGGGAAUGUGGCUGUGUUGGGUUUGCUCGCAAGGUGUUCGAUGAAAUGCCUCAACCGAAUUUGGUUGCGUGGAAUGCUGUGGUCACGGCCUGUUUCAGGGGGAAUGAUGUUUCGGGCGCGAGGGAAAUCUUUGAUAAGAUGCUGGUAAGGAAUCAUACGUCGUGGAACGUGAUGCUUGCAGGGUACAUUAAAGCUGGGGAGCUUGAGUGUGCUAAACGGAUCUUCUCGGAAAUGCCUCACAGAGAUGAUGUCUCCUGGAGCACUAUGAUUGUUGGGUUUUCUCAUAAUGGAAGUUUCAAUGAGUCUUUCUCGUAUUUCAGGGAGUUACUAAGAGCGGAAAUGAGACCAAACGAGGUGAGUCUCACCGGAGUUCUCUCUGCCUGUUCACAAUCUGGGGCAUUUGAGUUUGGGAAGACAUUACACGGGUUUGUAGAGAAAUCAGGGUAUAGUUGGAUAGUUUCGGUGAACAAUGCGCUUAUUGAUAUGUAUUCUAGGUGUGGUAAUGUCCCAAUGGCUAGAUUAGUCUUUGAAGGUAUGCAAGAGAAGAGGAGUAUUGUAUCUUGGACAUCAAUGAUAGCGGGCUUAGCAAUGCAUGGUCACGGAGAAGAAGCUAUUAGAAUAUUCAAUGAAAUGACUGAGUCUGGUGUUAUGCCAGACGAGAUAUCUUUCAUUUCGCUUUUGUAUGCUUGCAGUCAUGCUGGACUGAUCAAAGAAGGUGAAGGUUACUUCUCUAAGAUGAAGAGAGUCUACCACAUCGAACCAGCAGUUGAACACUAUGGUUGCAUGGUUGAUUUAUAUGGCCGAUCUGGAAAACUGCAAAAGGCUUAUAGUUUCAUAUGCCAAAUGCCAAUUCCGCCAACUGCCAUAGUGUGGCGGACUCUUCUCGGGGCUUGCAGUAGUCAUGGGAAUAUCGAACUGGCCGAGCAAGUGAAACAAAGGCUUAAUGAGCUUGACCCAAAUAACUCGGGGGAUCUUGUUCUUUUGUCGAAUGUUUAUGCUACUGCAGGUAAAUGGAAGGAUGUUGCUUCUAUCAGAAAGUCAAUGAUUGUUCAGAGAAUCAAGAAGAUAACUGCUUGGAGCUUGGUGGAAGUUGGCAAAACCAUGUAUAAGUUCACUGCAUGCGAGAAAAAGAAGGAAAUCGAUAUAGAGGCUCACGAGAAGCUAAAAGAAAUCAUCUUGAGGCUUAGAGAUGAAGCUGGGUAUGCCCCAGAAGUAGCAAGUGCUUUAUAUGAUGUGGAAGAGGAAGAAAAGGAGGAUCAGGUAAGUAAACACAGUGAGAAGCUUGCACUUGCAUUUGCUCUAGCUAGAUUGCCUAAAGGAGCAAAUAUCAGGAUAGUAAAGAAUCUGCGAAUUUGCAGAGAUUGUCACGCUGUUAUGAAGCUAACUUCAAGGGUCUAUGGAGUAGAAAUUGUGAUCCGAGACAGAAAUCGCUUCCAUUCAUUUAAGGACGGUUCUUGCUCAUGCGGUGACUACUGGUAAAACGUUGUGAAUAGAACUGUUCACCAAACAUAUAUCAUUUUGUGGUCUAAUGCUUCC